AUGGCGGCGGCGACGGCGGCGGCGGCUUCGGCGCCUCAGCAGCUCACGGAUGAGGAGCUUUUCUCUCAGCUCCGCCGUUACGGGUUGUCUCCGGGUCCCGUGACGGAGAGCACCCGGCCGGUCUACCUCAAGAAGCUGAAGAAGCUUCGCGAGGAAGAGCAGCAACAGCAGCAGCACCGGGCGGGGGGCCGCGGCACCAAGACGCGGAACAGUAAUAACAAUAACACGGCGGCCGCGGCGGGCGCAGCCGCGGCUCCGGCGACGCUGGCUCCGGCGGGGCUGGGGGGCCGACCGGGCUCGGGGGACCUCGCGUACUUACGGAGUCCCGCGGGCCUCGGCCGCCUGUCGGCCUCGGCUCCGGAGAGCCCCGUGGGAGGCUCCGGGGGCGCGGCGGCCGUCCCCGCGGCGGGCAGCAAAGUGCUGCUGGGCUUCAGCUCCGACGAGUCGGACGUGGAGGCCAGCCCGCGGGAGCCGGCGGGCGGCGGCGGCGGUGCGCGGAGAGACCGGGCUGCGCUCCAGUACCGCGGGCUCAAAGCGCCGCCGGCGCCCCUGGCCGCCGGCGAGGUGACGAGCGGCCACUUGGCCGAGCGGAGGAAGCCCCACUCGUGGUGGGGGGCGCGGAGGCCCGCGGGCCCCGAGUCGCAGCCCCCGACGGGGAGCGACGGAGCCGCGGAGGACGUGGACGAGGAGGUAGCGGACGGGGAGGACCGGGAUCCCGAGGCCGAGGAGCCGCUGUGGGCCAGCCGAGCGGUGAACGGCAGCCGGCUUCUCCCCUAUAGCUGCCGGGAGCACUACUCGGACUCGGAGGAGGAGGACGACGGCGACGUGGCCUCGGCCAGACAGGUAUUAAAGGACGACUCCCUUUCCCGGCAUCGACCCAGACGGAGCCAUAGUAAGCCGUUCUCCGCGCUGACUGCUAAAUCCGGCGGCAGCCGGCAGGAGACUUCGGUUCAGGGAGGAGGGGGAGGACUCGCGAUGAAUGACAGGGCGGCGGCCGCCGGGAGUCUAGACAGGAGCCGAAACCCGGAGGAGGCGGCGGCCGAGCCGGGGGGAGGAGGAGGAGGAGGAGGAGGAGGAGGAGGAGGAGGAGGAGGAGGAGGAGGAGGAGGAGGAGGAGGAGGGGGGUGCGAUCAAGUGGACUCCAUUCCUCGAUACCGUGCCGGCGCGAAGAAGCUGCCCCCGCUCCUGUCGCCGCCGAGCAGCCCCGACGCGGAUUCAACCUUGGAGUCGCCCACGGGGACCCUCCUCAAAACCAAUAAUCACAUAGGCGGCGUGGCCUUCGGCGUGGAUCCCCCCAGCGUGUAUGCCAACAGCCUCCCUCCCGGGGCGGCCGCCCCCGGUUCACUCAGGAUCAACCACGCCAACCACACCGGCUCCAAUCACACCUACCUGAAAAACGCCUACGGCAAGCCGAAGCUCUGCGAGCCUGAAGAGGAACUUCUGCAGCAGUUCAAACGAGAGGAGGUGUCUCCGACGGGGAGUUUCAGUGCUCACUACCUGUCGAUGUUCCUCCUAACUGCCGCCUGCUUGUUUUUCCUAAUCUUGGGACUGACUUACCUAGGAAUGAGAGGGACGGGAGUACCCGAGGACGGAGGACUCAUAAAAAACCCCUUUGAUGAAACAUUUGGAAAAAUACAAGAAAGUGAAAAAAAUCUUUUGAUGAGCACAUUGUACAAACUUCAUGAUCGGUUGGCCCAGAUCGCAGGAGAUCAUGAAUGUGGCAGUUCUAGUCAAAGGAUGCUUUCUGUCCAAGAAGCAGCUGCAUAUUUAAAAAAUUUAGGUCCUGAGUAUGAAGAUGUAUUUAAUACUUCAUUGCUGUGGAUUUUUAAAAAUGGGAAAGAUGUUGGAAUAAGGUGUGUUGGUUAUGGGCCCGAGGAAGACCUGACAAAUGUCACUGAUGUGCAGUUUUUGCAGUCCACCAGACCCCAGAUGCCGUUCUGGUGCCGUUUCCGGCGUGCUUUCAUUACUGUGACCCAUAGGUUACUGUUGUUAUGUUUAGGUGUAGUGAUGGUGUGUGUUGUUCUCCAUUAUAUGAAAUACCGCUGGACUAAGGAGGAGGAGGAAACACGGCAGAUGUAUGAUAUGGUGGUGAAGAUUAUAGAUGUUUUACGAAGCCAUAAUGAAGCCUGCCAGGAAACUAAAGACUUACAACCUUACAUGCCUAUUCCACAUGUUCGAGAUUCCUUAAUACAGCCGCAUGACAGGAAAAAGAUGAAGAAAGUCUGGGACCGAGCUGUUGACUUCCUUGCUGCUAAUGAGUCUAGAGUCCGCACCGAGACUCGAAGGGUAGGCGGUGCGGACUUUCUAGUCUGGCGCUGGAUCCAGCCUUCUGCAUCUUGUGACAAGACAUUAGUUAUACCCUCUAAAGUAUGGCAAGGUCAAGCAUUUCAUUUAGAUAGAAGAAAUUCACCACCAAAUAGUUUGACUCCGUGUUUAAAGAUUCGAAAUAUGUUUGACCCAGUUAUGGAAAUAGGAGAUCACUGGCAUCUGGCAAUUCAAGAAGCAAUCUUAGAGAAGUGCAGCGAUAAUGACGGCAUUGUUCAUAUUGCUGUAGACAGAAACUCCCGUGAGGGUUGUGUGUAUGUUAAAUGUUUGUCUCCGGAAUAUGCUGGGAAGGCUUUCAAAGCACUGCAUGGCUCUUGGUUUGAUGGAAAGUUGGUUACAGUAAAAUACUUACGACUAGAUAGAUACCACCACCGCUUUCCCCAGGCCCUCACUUGCAACAGCCCCUUGAAGCCGUCAAACAAACAUAUGAACUCUAUGUCUCACCUGCGCCUGCGGACUGGCCUAGCUAAUUCUCAAGGAAGUUCCUGAAAAGAUGUCUUCACUCCUAGGAUUGUUAAUUUACAUAGGAAAAUUCCCAUUUGGCUUCCUGUCUUCCUUUUAAAAUGCUUUUUGUAUGUAAUAUUUUUAUUGCUGAAGACAGCUGUUUGAAAGUUCCGGAAAUCUUAAGGUUCCAAAGGGAUUUAUUUAGCAGUAAGGCGGUGACGCUGAGUAGGUAGAAUAAUUGUUUUCUUCAGUUUUGGAGCUCAGUCAAGCCAGUGCGUUUGAAGUUGUGCAUGAGGAACACUGACUUACAGUGUUAUGCUGGUUAUAUUUUUGCACCAAGAAGUGUUUAUAUAACCACGUAAAAGCAUGGCGAAGCAGCUUUUUUUGUAUUUCCAUAAUUUGUAAACUAAUGUGAAUUUUUGUAUACAGUAAGCUGCAUAGUUCCUUACAGGCUAUUGUGGUAAAACUGUUCAUUUCCCACUUUAACCUUAGGUUUCUAUUGCUUGUAAAAGGUUCAUUUGCUGCAGCUGGAAUAUGGGGAAAUUGAUUUGGUUUUAAUGGUUCCAUACAUGUGUAAGUGGUUGUACAUGUACUUACAUUGGCUUUUGUGUAUAUGUAUAAAUGCUGAUGGCAGUGAAAGGCUUGUUGUGUGAGAAUGUCUGCAUUAGCAGUAAAAUAAGCUUUCUAUUUUAUUCAUAAUCUAAUCUGUGUGUGUAUAUAUAUAUAUAUAUGUGUAUGUAUGUGCGUAACUGUGUGUUUAUGUACAUAUGUAAGUGUACAUAUGUACAUAUCCACACAGAUAUAUACAUAUGGCUGUACAGUCAUAGAUGAUCAAGCAGCCAAAUACCUGGAAGUAUUAGAUACAUGUUUAAAAUAUCUUUUAUAGAUUUUAUAUAAAAAUACCCAAGUAUGGUUUCGUGUGGAAGUUCUGGCACCAGCUGUAAUGAGUUCAAAUUUAUGUGAGCAAUAAAGAAGCAAUUGGCAGAUACUGGAAAAUAUUUUGUGAAAAGCUGUAUUUAUUAUAAAUACUGGGACUGACAGAACUAAAGGGAUUAUGUCAUUUCCCAGUCUGUUUAUAGCUUAAAGAAAUGUUAGCUCCUGUUCUAUGUCCAGUGCAAAACAGGGUGCAUUGUUACAGCAAAUGUACUAGACAAAUUAUCCUUGGAAUGUUGGGCCAUGCAAGUCUGCAGUGUAGGUCCUGCACGAAUGACCAUUGUUUUGUGCCUCAGUGUUUAUUUCAGUAAAGCUACUUUAUUACUGUUUAUGAUUUCAGUUCAAAAUAGUUACUGAUCAAGGUUUACUUGUAACCUAAAAAUCUGGCUUUUUGAGAAACAGCCUGCUGGAGAGAUCACCGUUGGUCCAAGUGAAGACGAGAGACAGCUGGAGUUACAGGGAUCUCAGUCCAUAUUUUAAGUUGAGUUUCCUUUCUGUUGUGGAUGUUGGUUUGCAGCAUGAGCCUGCACAGAUAAUACAGGCUUUCUGCUUAAGUAAACGUGAUGCACACUGUUCUGUAACAGAGAACCCUUGUGCCUUACCUGUGUCCUCCUGUGGGCACCGUGUUUAUGAAGAAUACAUGAUUUGUUAUCAGUCAAUGUCUCAGAUGCUAAUGUGUUAAAAUAUAAAUAUAUAUAAUAUAUAAAGUAACCAAUCUUUGUGUAUUUUAUGUGCAUCAUAGUUGAUUUAUUUGAGCUUAGUGACACAAUCUUGUAACCUGUUGCAAGAGUGAAUGUAAAAUAUAAGUUGUGGCAUUUAAACAGGUCACCUUUUGAUGCAGAUGCAUCUUUUUCUUGCUUCUAAGAUAUAUUUCAUGUAAACACUGUACAUUUAUUAUUGUAAAUUAUAUACUAUUAUGCAGCUUACUUUACCUGGAACUCUUAAGCCGACCAAGAGUUCUCCCUGUAAGACAGACGGGAAUGUGUAUAAUAAUUAGGUAUUGGAGAAGUUCUGCUUCGAUGUAAUUUGUUUCUUGUUCUGUUUAAAAAAGAAGGAAAACAUUCUAAUUAAAAAUUUAUUAGGUUUUUUAAAAAA